CUUAUAUGUAAUUGAUCAAUCGUGGCUUUUAUCAAUUUAGUUAAAAAGUUAAUCUUCCAAAAACAAUCGGUGUAUUAGGAUAUGGGGCAAUAGGAAAAGCCUUCACAGAACUAUUAUUAAAGUAACAUCCAAGUAAAGGUCUCUAUAAUUUUUUUUAGAAGCCAAUGUUGUUAUUCUUGAUAAGCAUGAUGCCUUUUUCCCCAAUGAGAAGAGAUUUAAGACUGUAAUUUACAAACAAACCAGAGAUAACCUAGCACAAACACUUGACAUAAUGGGGUAAAUAGAAAAUAUCAUAUAAAUCAGCCUAAAGGAGGGAGAUACACUAGUAGAUUUGUCAACUAAUAUUGGGUUCGCAGAAAUUUGGGCGCUUUGUGCUUAGAAGGGAGUUAGAUAUCUAAAUACAGCCUUGGAAGUUUGGGAUGACAGUGAAGAUGCUAACUCGUGUCCCUAGAAUGAAGAGGAAGCUUAUAAAUUGACAUUAGGCUAUAUUAAGGACAAUGCUAAAAAGUCACCAUUCUGGUAGAAAGUAUAAUCUUAAUAUCUAAUUAAGGGUCCUACUUCAUUGUUAGAAACUGGAUUCAACCCAGGUGUAAUAUCUCAUUGUGUAAAAAGAGGAUUGGAAGAUUGUGCUAAACACUAUCUCAAGAAUCCUCAAAGAGAAUUUAAUUUAAGGGAUUUGAGAAAAUAUUGGGAGUAGAAGAACCAUUCGAAAUUAGCUUAAGUGCUUGGAGUACAUACAAUUCAUUGUUCUGAAACUGACAAUUAGUUAAUGGCUGAAAUUCCAAAAGAUGUCAAGACUAAGUUCUAUAAUACUUGGUCAUGCAGAGGAUUCCUCACUGAAGGACUAGUCCCUAUUUAAGUAGCCAGAGGUUCACACGAAGAUACUCAUAUUCCGAAUUGUUAUACAAUAAGAGAUGGAAAAACGAUAGUCUCAAAAAUACCUUCGGUGAACAUAUUGGCCAAGAGUUGGGUGCCUAAUGAAGAUAUUACAGGUAUAUUGAGAAUUAGCUGAGUUUAGGGGUUCUGAUUCCUCAUGGGGAAGCUUAUUCUAUUUAAGAUUAUUUAAGCGAUCCAGAGACAGGAUACUCGCCCUCACAAUAUUAUGUUUAUGAUUAUAAUCCAUUGGCGAAGGAGUUCAUAAGAAACCUACCAUCAAGUGCCACCAUAGACAAUACUCAUCCAGAAAUGGAAGUGAUUCAUCCUAUGAAUUUCCCUUCAUUGAAAGGAUGGGAUAAAGUUGGUGCUCUCUUGAUUAUGAAAAAUAAUAGAGCCUGGUGGACUGGCAGUGUUAUGGAUGAAAUCGAUAGUUCUAAAAUAUUCAAUGGAAUGUUUGGUCCAACUGUGUUACAAGUCGUAGCAGGAGUAUAUGGGGGAUUUUUGUGGACUUGCAAGCACCCAAAUAUUGGAGCCCACUUUUCUGAAGAUGUUGAAACUGAUGAUCUUAUUAGAAUUGUAAGUAUCUCUUCAAUUAACCAUUUCUAGAGUGAACAUCUAAUGGGGAGAUUUAUAUCGAUCCCAGUUGAUCUUAACAAAACGAAGAUUAAGGAUUGUUACAAAUUCCAAAGUUUUCUAUGCCAAUAAAUUUGA